AAUGAUGGCGUGCCGUGUGCGGUGGUAGCCGGCAGGACGCAGGUGUAGCUUAUCAAUAGUGUGUUUUAUUUACAAGUAAUUGCUAUCAGUUUGAAUUUUUAAAUAUAACAUUAAUAGGUACAUUACCGAUUACUGAAAUUUCAUAGUAAUAACCGGUUAUUGUUUUUUGCAUAAAAAUUAAAGUAAUACAGACAUUUCAAUAAUGGCUGGCGAAGUUAUUGUUGAUGCUCUUCCUUAUAUUGAUCAAGGGUACGACGAACCAGGUAUCCGCGAAGCUGCGAUCAGUAUGGUUGAAGAUGAAAAACGUCGUUAUAGGCCGUCGAAAAACUAUCUUGAACAUUUACCACCACUCAAUAUAUCAGCGUUUGAAACAGAAAUGAUGCGCACAGAGUUUGAUAGACUUCAGCAGCGUUUACCAAUGGAAACAAUGAGUAUGAAACGCUAUGAGCUACCUCCACCGCCAGCUGGAAAACUCACAGAUAUGUCUGCUUGGAAUGAAUGUUUAGAAAAUUCAAUGGCUCAACUUGAACAUCAAGCUACCAGAAUUACAAACUUAGAAUUGAUGAUGGAUUAUGGCACAGAAGCCUGGAAAUCUUAUUUGGAAGUUCUAGUGAAAUGUGUUGCUGCUGCACAGACACAAGUGACUAAAUUGAAAAAACAAAUUCAAGAAGUAAAUUUCCAACGAAAGAAUGUGCAGAUGCAAGUAGGCGAAAAAUUACGAGAUUUAGAAGCCAAUUGGGUAGGAUUGGUGAGCAAGAAUUAUGAAAUAGAAUUAGCAUGUGCUCAUUUGGAAAAACAAAUUAGAGCAUAUGAAUUAGCCAAAACAGAAAAGAUGGACACAGAUUAAAAAUUGUAUCUUAACUUUUUUUCAUAAUAAUGUAUAAAGUAUUUAAAAACAUUUAAGGUAUAAGAAUAAGUAAAAACUACAUUCUCUUGUAUUAUUUUUUUCACAAUUUUAUAUUUCAUGUAAAAAAAGUAUAAAAAAUGUGUAUUAUAAAAUAAAGCAUUUUGCCUACAUCAAA